AAGAUGUCCAUGGAAAUGGGGAAUGGGACAACUGUCCAAGAAUUCACCUUGGAGAGGUUUCCUGCCAUCCAGCAGCUGGGAAAAGUCCUCUUCCUGGUGCACCUGCUGGCAUACCUGGCAUCCAUUGCAGGCAAUGCGGUCAUAGUCACCAUCACCUGUGCUGACUCCCGGCUCCACACUAUGUACUUGUUCCUCAGCAUUUUCUCCUUCUUUGAGUGUUGUUUUAUAAGUGCUGUUAUUCCUAAAUUGUUGCUCAUCUUUCACUCAGGCAAGCAAACCAUUUCCUUUCCUGCCUGUUUCAUACAAGCAUUUGUCUUUGUAUUUCUGGGAGCAGCAGGAUUCCUCAUCAUAGCGGUGAUGUCACUGGAUCAGUAUGUGGCCGUUAGCAAUCCUCUGCACUACCCAACCAUCAUGAACCUGAAGACUUGCUUCCUCCUGGUCACUGCCUGCUUCGCUUUGGCCUUCCCUCUCAUCACUGGUUUGCUAGUAAAAGUCUCCCAGUUAUCCUUCUGUGGCCCCCAUGUCAUCCCCCACUUUUUCUGUGACAUUGGUUCCCUGAUUCAUCUCUCCUGUUCUGACACCAGGUCUGUUGAAAUGUUGGCCUUUGUUCUCACUUCCUUUAUCCUGUUGACAUCCCUUAUCAUAACCAUCAUUGCAUACAGCAACAUAGUACUCACAAUCCUGCUACUUCCCUCAGCCAAGGAGAGACAGAAAGCUUCCUCCACCUGCUCCUAUCACCUCCUUGUCCUCUCUCUGAUGUACUGGAGCUGUGUGUUUGUAUAUGUGAAACAAAAGCAAAUGAACAGGCUGGACUCCAACAGGGAGGCUUCCCUUGUGAACACGGUGGUAACCCCACUGCUCAACCCUGUCAUCUACACUCUGAGGAACAAGCAGGUCCACCAGGCUCUGAGGGAGAUGAUGUGCAGAAAGAAAGAAUUAAGAUAA